UUUCUUGCGUACACAAACCUUGCGUGUUCGAAAAAAAGAAUGAUCAACCCUGCACGGCAGCCAACUACUUACUUAUUGGCCCGGGGAACGAACGCCAGACUCCAGGAAUUGCCAUUGCAGGUUAGACAUGUCAAUACUACACCUCCCCUCAUACCGUCCUGCAGUCCAUCCAGUGUAUAGGGGUGCUGGAUCAGGAGGGAGCACACCACUCAGAUCAGCGGCGGAUCAGAGACCAAGCUCAGAUUCAAGAAGAUCAAGAAAGGGCCUUGCCCUGAGUUCUCCGUCGUCGCUUACCACUACAUGCGCUCUCAAGACGCCUUCCUCGUAUGGCGGAUCGAGGGAGAAGGUCAACAACCCCAGGGACCUCUUCACCUUCUCCUACAAGUUCAGCACCGAUAUCCCGAUGAGCGAAACGCAAGGGGCGUCCAUCGAUGAGUACCUGCAGAACAGUCCCAGGAUCGUCGGAGCUGUGUUCCCGGAUCAGCGCAAAAGAAGAAAGAUCAACGACGAAGAAUGGAGCGUGCAGCUCUUGCCCAUCCAGUUCCUCUUCCUGUCGGCGUCGCCGGUGAUCGUGAUGCGCUUCGUCAGCAAGUCCGGCGGGAAGGAGUACCCGCCCAACGUCCCCGUCCACGCCACCAGCCUCCUCCUCAUGGAAGUGACGGACUACAAGCUGAAUGGUCUGGACAGCAACGCCAUGCCGUCGCACCUGGCCCUGACCGUGCGAGGCCUGAUGUACCCGCAGCGGCAGCGGGAGGGGAGGAAGAGCCUCAAGGGCCACGUCGAGAUGACCGUCGGCUUCGACCUCCCGCCGGUGCUCGCCUUGGUCCCGGAGAGCAUCAUCAGAGGCGUCGGCGAGACGGUGUUGAGGAAGAUGGCGGAGCAGAUGAAGCAGGACAUGGACACAGGCCUGGCAGCAGAUUUCAAGAAGUACAGCAGGGAGAAGCUAACCGAGAGGCGCACAUCACCCUGAAUUAAUUUUGAGACACAUUUCACAAUCACAUCCCUGUAUCAAUGUAUCAUCAACAGUAGCCAUAACUAGGAAUUCUUUCGACUCCCAGUGCUGUCAACCUCUUGCACUAUUCAUUCACCAGUUGGAUGACACCAAAUAAUGAUAAUAAAUAACUUGAUGUAUCACAUUUUAUUCACUGUAACAAUGUUGCUCAUAAUUACAAGAGUAUCCAUCCAAUCCAA